AUGUUAACAUUAGAUAACAAUGUCUACGACAGCGAUGAUGAUAAUGAUGAUGAGGAUGAAGCUGACCACGACGAUGAUGAUGAUAAUGAUGAUGAUGAUGAUGAAGCUGACCACGAUGACAAGAAGGAGAAGGAAGAUGUUGAUGAUGGUGAUGAUGAUGACGAUUGCGAUGAAGAUGAUAAUACAAAUGCUGCCGUUGAUGAUGCUGACGACGAUGGUAAUGAUAGUGGUUAUCUAGUCGACAACGGUGAUGGUAACGAAGACGAUGAUGAAAAUGAAAAUGAUGGUGAUGAUGAUGAAUACGAUGCCGACGAUGAUGAUUAUAUUUUUGCUGCUGCUGCUGUUGCUGAUGAUGCUGUAUAA